AUGAGUUUUUGGAUUGCGGAGGAGCAGCUGGACGCGCCUCGUCUGGUGAUCUGCAGCAGAGAUAGAUCUUUCGCGUGUGAAAAGUGCCAAGAGGAAUACGGAGUUAACGUCCACAAUUUGGAGGCACGGUUUUGGUAUACGCCGAAGGUUGAUAGCUGCUCCAAGAGAGCGACGCAGCGUGAUGACGAGCAGAUAGACGGUGAAAACCUGUUUGAAUCAUUUCUCGCAUUUGUAUUGGAGGUAAUUUCGGAUCGCUGGGGCGGUGAAAUUGCGAACGAGGUAGUGGAGAAUACAGAGUCACUCGCGAGCAUUUUUAUAGCGAUCCCUGCGCGAGUUGGGAGCCAGAACAUCAAGAGACUUCUUCAGGCGAAGGUAAUAAAGAAGGCGAACGAUUCAUACACGAAGGGCAAGACUGGAGGUUUAGACAAGAGAGCGCUCGGGAUAACGGAGUCUUACGAGACCUUUGAGAUUGUUACAGACAAUGACUUUCAAGACAUAUUUAACAUGCUGGAUGUGUUACAGACGAUGCGAAAGAACAUCAUUUUCUUUUAUGAUACAGUAAUCAAGCCGACUAUAUGUUAUCAGCAUAAUGGAGCGUUCCAUAGACACCUGCACAAUCUGAAGAAGCGCUUCAUUAGAAAGGUGACGAGUAGCCGCGAAGACGCUGAAAUUGAUUUGUCAAAGAGUCCCACUGUCAGGUCGAUUCGAUAUGUUGAGGAGGACGAGGAUGAUAUUCCGGAAGAAGUUAUCAGCAACUUGUCCGAGGGGGCGUACGGCUGCAGCUUUAGGCAAUGGUACCACAGGCUCUAUGGCAGAGGCUUCUGCCACGUGGUCAAGCAGAGCAUUAUCAGCUCAAGACUCUUCAACAAACGCUACUUGAAACAAGAACUGAGAGACUUAAGGUCCAGUAUUAUAUCUUCCAUCAAUGGUGCGUUCAAUGACAUAUCUCUGUGA